AUGUCUAACGCGUGGCCCCCGGGGCCAACCGGAACCGGAAGGGUCCGGAACCGUGGCGGUACGGCACCGCCCAUCAAUCAAUCCCACCGUCCGCUAUCAACGGUGACCGUGCAGUUGCUGGUGGUGGUAACACUUGCCGUGACAACUGCCCUGCUAUCAACUGGUGCGGAAGGAUCGACCAUACCGGCGACAAAGGCAGGAGAGCACGAUUAUUCCGGGGCUAUACAGGAUCUUGAAACGGGCUGCAUCAAUCGUUGCCCCGAUCAGAAUCAAACGAGCUUCACCGAACACAUCGACGCCAGCUGUGGAAACGAUUGUUACAUCAAGCAGUGUACGAUUGGCUGCCGGCAAUGGGAGCUUGCGCUCGAGUCCAGCUGUCAGCAUGCGUGUAACGUCAGCGAUCAGGAGCUGCUUGAGGCACGGGAGUGGUCCUGCAUUGCGGGAUGCAACGACGGAUUGAGCCGGUACUUUCGGUGGCUAAAGGCGGAGAUCGGUACACCGCAUGCGCCGGCCCUUGUCGCCGACAGCCUUACCGCCACGACACUCGCACUAGAAUGGGAAAUCCCGGAGCGUCUGGUACGGCUGGCACGGCAUCGUAACCGUGGCCCACGAAGCUAUCUCGUACAGUGGCGUUACGAGGAGGUGGCCGGUGACUGGAAGUACUACCGGAACCAGAGCAUGGGUGACAGCUCGACUGUGCGCGUGGACAACCUGCAGCCAUACACCAAGUACCGGUUUCGCGUCGCGUUGUUGCUGUCGCCUCACCACGACCAGGUCCUGACGUCUGAGCAGAGUGUCAUCAUCAGCACGCUACCGUCCGGUGUGCCUACCUCUGAACCCACCAUCGUCCGUGCAGUUGCAGUAGAUCACUCGCGCAUAUCCAUCUCCUGGGAACCGGGCCCAUUCCCGAACGGUCCCGUACUGUCAUACGUACUGCAAAUUAAAGACCUGCACCCGAUCGGCUACAGUGCCCUCAAGGAAAUCCCGGAAUCGAAUACGUCUCGCCAUUACAUGUUCGAGAAGCUGGAACCCGAGCGUAAUUAUUCGGUUUCGGUAGCGAUGCGCAAUCCCGCUGGCGAAGGUCCGGCAUCGGUGACACUCGUUGCCACACCACCCAAACCUACCGGCCACGAGGAAGCGCCACUGCCAACGCUCAUUCUCGGUGCGGAACGUUCCAUCCUGGCGCAGAGCUCACUGACCCUGUUCUCCGAUCCCCCGACCAGCGUGUAUGCCAGCGUCGACCACAAAAUUCGUGGCACAGCAACGCACAUCCGGCGCGGGCUACUGUUCGUGUCGGACGAUGCCGGUUACAUCUAUCGCGCUCCAUCGCAUCCUGGUGCUGAGAAGGCACGGGUCGCCAUACUGUUACCCGGUGCCGCCAAUAACUUCCGCCCAACGCUACUGUCUGUCGAUUGGCUAAACGAGCAUCUGUAUGUGCUGGGACAGGCGCGUCCGACGAAGCUGUGGCAGAUUGCGUACUGCGAUUUUAGCGGCGGCCACCUGACGGUGGCGAUCGCGGGUCUCCAACGCAGGCCGGACCAUUUCGCAGUGGAUCCGUUCAAUGGCUAUCUCUUCUGGGUUGUUGGUGGUACCGGACCGGACUCGGGACUGUUCCGGCUAGAUUUGGGUGACAUCUCGAACGGUGUGCGUCACGAAAUCCGACCCCUGCAGAUGGUUAGCGGACGCAAUUUGGGUGCGUUUACACUAGAUCAUGCCAACUUUCGUGUGCUGUUAGCUGAUCAGGGCAAUAACACGGUGUUGGCGGUAUCGUUCGAUGGUAGCAAGCAGGAAGACAUCCGCAACAACACGCAACAGCCACGGUUCGAGCGCGUCAAAUCGUUGGCGCGUGCGAAUGGGCUGUUUUACUGGACGAACGGUACCGAGGUGUUUGCCGAGGACUAUCACCGGCUGCACAACAGCUACUACCAUAACGCAUUCCCAAUAGCGGCGAACAAUACGUACUUCAGCAUCAGCGUUAACCUGACAGCGGAACAACCGAUCCCGGUACCCGUGAAUCCACCGCGCAACCUGCAAGCACUUGCCUCACCGGAUAAGCUUAAAGUGUCCUGGGAUGUGCCGUAUCUGCUCGGCGUGAAAGGGCGCGGUGCGUGGCAGAGCUGGAGCUACCUGGUGGAGAUUAAUGACGAGCAGUUUGACGGUGUGCUACACGUCGCUACGGUCAAUGGUACGAGCUACGCCUGCGACAUUGCCGGCCGGUUGCUCCCGAACCGGGUAUACACUGUGCGGGCGGCCGCCUUUACCACGGCAGGUCGCGGACCAUGGAGCCGGGAGUUCCGCGUACGGACACUGCGCCCCGAGAGUCAGCACCAUUUGGUGUGGGCCAGCACGGACGGUAUCGUGCGCAGUGACGUGAUCGGUGAGCAUGUGGCUACGCUCAUACCGCGUUCAGCCGAACUGGACGGUGCAGCCGUCACGAGCCUUGCCUGGCACGCCCGCGUACUGUACGUGGUGAGCAAUUCCACGCUACGGUUGUACCGCGAACCGAGCGCUCCCGGUGGCGAGUGGACGAAGCUGCGCGAGCUCGAAUCGGUCGAGUGUGUUGCGAUCGAUUGGAUCGGCGAACGACUGUACUACUCGAAUCCGGCCCAGCAGCUGAUCGUACGGUCAGGGUUGCUCGGUGAACAGCCCGAACCAAUACACAGUGUGAUGAACGUGCGCGAGAUACGGUUCGAUGCGUACCGUGGCUACAUCUACUGCUCGUCCGGGCUCAUACUUGAGGCGUUCCGGCUUAACGGCAAGAGCCGUGUGCAGUACUUCAGCGAGAAACUCUUCACCGGCAAACAGAUCAUCGGCAUGACGCUUGACCACGACGGGCAACGAUUGUUCUGGAUCGUGCGCAGCUACUCCCACUCCCAUCUUUACUGGGCACCGCUCGCUGGGAGUCCGGCCGCUAGUGGCAGUAGAGCUGGAUCCGGCACGCUUCCUUCUCUGCAACUCACCGACCAGACGCCGCAAGGCCCUCUGCUACACUUCAGCGAUCGUUUGCUGUGGCUGAAGGAGAGCCAGGUUGUGGUCGGUGAUGUGAAGGGUGAAAAUUUGGCGUACAUUCGCAAUCACCAUCUGAACGGUACGCGAGCGCUAGCGCUGAUCGAUCCGACACCGAAAGCCGCCUCCAUCAACGUGCUGCCUGCCAGUGUGAAUGCUAGUACGAUCCGCGUCACCGGUGAUUGGAGACGCUUUAACAUCAGCUGGACACCGGUCGAGAACGUCAACUACAGCACCGUAUUUUACAAGCUCACGCUCAAACUGCCGGACGCACGGGACAUUGUGCAGGAGCUAACUGUGCCGUUCUUCACGUACGGUGCCGCUGGUGAUGAUGAUGGUAGUGACGAUAGUAAUGAUGCAGCUAGUGUUGAACAUGGACCGAUCGCACCGUAUACACCGAUUGAUAUUACGCUGCAUGCCUUCACCUACUGGCGAUCGUCGGGCUUUUCAAGUGUGCGACGGCACACACCGGCAGGCAAACCAUCGGUACCGGUUGCACCUCGUGCGUACAUUCAACAUUACUAUCUGCCCGGCACACACGAACUGAGCACCGGCAUUGUAUUCCGCUGGUCACCACCGACCGAGCCCAAUGGACCGAUCGUAGCAUACCGUGUCGAUUGUUGGUCCAGCUACGAUGACACGAAGCGCCGGGUGCUACUGGAUGGUGUGGAGGUGCACAACAGAGAGCUACUGAUACCGGAAGCGGUACACCCGAACAUGACCUACUAUCUGCAGGUGCGUGUAUGCAAUGUCGACCACAACGGUGAUCCGAGUGAAAUACGUUCGAUUGGAUUGCGCGACGGUCGCCCAUUGCCCCUGCUGUACGCUGCUACCCACGAGCAGAUACUGCUGCUGGAUCUUGAUCUGGGCAACAGUACGCCAAUCGUGGCCACACCCGUACCGGCCAAACAUCUCGCCGAACUACGCCACGAGCGUAAACUGUUCUGGGUGAACGAUAGGAACGAACUGUUCAUGCACGACGAUGCGGAUGGUAAGCGUAAGCUGGCACAGGUACUAGGGAACGUUACCGCUCUCACCGUCGACUGGGUCUCGCGCACUGUGUACGCCCGCACUCACACAUCCUCCGGCAAUGGAAGCACACUGCAUGCGUACGAUCUUAAUCGAUACGAGAGCGGUGGCUCGGAGCCGCACCAGCGCACGUUCAGUCUACCUGCAGAGCCAAGCACGAUCGAUCUGCUGCAAUUCUUGCCGGACGCAGCCGAGCUGCUGGCAAUGUCACGCUCAUCCCGUGCCGGUUACCUUAUCUCGCUCGAUGAGCCGGACCGGGAACCGGUCUCCUUCAACUGUGCGGUAGAGACCGUAGACGAACGGAUACAGCAGAUCUGUGACGAGUUCGGCCACGAAAUCAACGAUAGUAGACCGCGCGAUACCGUGCAGGACGAGGGCUAUCUGUAUUGGAUCGGGACGAAUGGUGCGGUGAAUGUGCGAGCCCGCGAUGAUCCACCCACCACCGAGGCGGAAGAGUUCCCGAUAGCAGGAGCUGUCGCUUUGCUGCCUGUACAGCAACAGCAGCGCUAUCCUCCCGAGCGGUGCCUCGUCCCGGUCGUACACCACAUCCAGUAUUUGCCUAAGCAGAAUAAUAGCACCGAGAACUCCAUCACACUCGGUCUGCCCGAACCGGAACGGCACGCCGGCUGUAAACGACGGCCACCGGCAAUACGGUAUCGCAUCAUGUAUCAGCUGGAGAGUGACCCAACUGCCGAUCUGUACGUGGACUACUCGUACGAGAUGAGCCGCACGAUCGGUAACCUUCGGCCGUACACUAGCUACCGGUUUGGUAUAUCGCUCACCAACCACUACCUCGCAGCAAGCGGUACACUGACCGAGCGGUUGUUUGUCGUUGCGGAGACGACCGAAACACCCAAGCUACAAAUGCCGGCCGUGUUCAAAACGGAUGUCGGGCCACCAUCGCGCCCCGAAGACAUUACGGCGUUCCCGAUCAGCCCAACCGAGGCGUUCGUCAGCUGGUUGCCACCGCGCCAGAUGAACAGCGAGUUUUUGUGGUAUGAGAUAUAUCGUGCGGAGCUGGACGGCACGCCCCGACAACUGCACGAUAUUACAGUUAAUAAAAAAGUCAACAAACUGAUGACGGCGGAGAUUCAGAAACUGCAGCCGAACCAGACGUACAUUCUAUGGGUACGGGCGCACUCCACCUCGCAUGCGUUUAGCGAUAGUGAGAUGGUCCAGAUACAGACGUUUCCGGAGCCGACCGCUAUACAGCUGCUAACGAUCAACUCGACAUGCAUUCGGUUGCAGUGGACCCCUCCUGCCAAUUGUACGAGCUACCGGAUUCAGUACUCCAUCGCUGGACAAAACAUCUGGACGACGAUGUACGAUUCGACAACGCUGUCAUCAAUCUGGUACAACUACGAGCUGAAGGAGUUGUUGCCGAAGACUAAAUAUCGGUUUAAGAUUCUGCUGUACUAUCCAAACCGAACGGAACCGUACCAGUGGCCGAACGACCGUGAAAUACUCUUCGAAACGAAGGCAGACAAACCUUCUGCACCCGGUCGCCCCACAGUGACAAAACUGGGACAGGAUAUAUACAAGGUUAGCUGGGAUCCGGCAAAGGAAAAUGGUGCCACCAUUGAGGAGUACGCCCUGGAAGCACUCGUAACCCAGUCGAAGCGGGCCGCUCGUUUAGUGAUGCCACCGGCGGUGGUGAACUCACUGGUGGUUGGUACGAACGGUAGCAAUGCUACUGAAUCGUUUACUGAAGUCGAAACAUAUGAUGAACACUGGAGCCAGGUGUACAACGGUACGGAUGUGUACUGGUUCAUCCCGGUAGAGCACACCAUCCAGAGCAACCUGUUUCGGGUACGGGCACGCAACUCGUACGGUUGGGGCCCAUACAGUGAUGAAAGCCGGGCAACCAGUGGAAAACUACAGGUGCAGCGUACCUUCGUCUACAUCGGGACCUUUGUCUUUUCCAUUACCGGGAUAAUAAUGUUCGUCUCACUGCUGGUAGUAUUAGGUGACCUAGUGUUGCGCGCAAUACAUCGAAUGAAGAAGAUGAACCAGGCCAAUGCACGACUUUCCGAUGUUGAGCUGGCAAACCUGCGAGAGCUUCCGCGCCGUGGUAACUUUGUGCAAACCACCAACAUUCUGUACAGUUCCGGCUCAAUGACAGACGCGGAAAUAACGCUGUUGCCCCGUAUACGUCUCGACCAGAUCUUUAUGGCAAGUUCCUCGUUGCUGGGUAGUGGAGCAUUCGGUGAAGUAUACGAGGGUGUUGUAAAAGGCGUCGACGGCGAGGCGGAAACACGGGUGGCCAUAAAGACUCUCAAAAAAGGUGCAAAACUGCACGAGAAACAAGAGUUCCUACAAGAAGCACAGCUGAUGAGUAACUUUAAACACAAACACAUUACGCGUCUGCUCGGUGUGUGCCUUGAGGCGGAUGCACUACUGAUCAUCAUGGAGCUGAUGCAAGGUGGCGAUCUGUUGAGCUAUCUGCGCCGCAGCCGGUCCCUGCCGGGCCAGGCCGCACGGUUGACGAUGCUCGAUCUGAUCUCGAUGUGCCAGGACGUGGCGUCCGGUUGCCGGUAUCUGGAGGAGAUGCACUUCGUACACCGCGAUCUGGCAUGCCGCAACUGUCUGGUGUCGUCAACGGAUCCGCGCGAUCGCGUGGUAAAGAUUGGAGAUUUUGGGUUGGCACGAGACAUCUACAAGAACGACUAUUAUCGGAAGGAAGGUGAAGGUUUGCUGCCGGUGCGGUGGAUGUCGCCAGAAAGUCUGGUAGACGGUGUGUUCACGUCCCAGUCGGACAUCUGGGCGUUCGGGGUGCUGCUGUGGGAAAUAAUGACGCUCGGUGAGCAACCGUAUCAGGCGAAGAACAACGUCGAGGUGCUGAACCAUGUGCGCGAGGGUGGCCAUCUCGAUCGACCGAAGGUGUGCCCGAACGAGAUGUACGAGCUCAUGCAGUACUGCUGGAGAUUCUCACCGGAUGAACGGCCCACGUUCCGAUACUGUUUGGAGGUGUUGAGAGCACUGCGUGAAAAUACAAGCGAGGAUACGCAGAUCAUAGCACCGUUCCCGGCAAAACUGCAGCAAGAGGCCGUAUCGAAUCCGACAUACUUGGGGUCCGAAAGUGGCCAGGUUUCACCACUGUCAGGCUCACUACGCUACGGUGGAAACGAUGUCGGAAUGAUCGCCACACCGCCGACAUCCAGCAGUGGCAGCAGCGGUGCAACUGGAGGUCCCGGACCAAACACCCCAAAGUACUUGGAGCUGGUGUACGAGAACAGUGGCGACCAGGAUCAACCGGAUGGCUUCUGCGUACCACCGGACAGAGCCAGUCCGAUAUCAUCGAUGCCCACCGACAAUGGUUAUGAGAUACCGAUCACCGACACCCGUGGACAGUUCGUCGAAGCAAGCAGCAGCAACAGCCUGCCACGCCACGCGAACCUGGGCCAACCCAACCUGCCGGUGCUCAUACCGAACCUCUCGGUUCUGCUCCCGGAUAGUGCGGACGUCAACCGAGACUGCCAUCAGCAGAUGGAAUCAGACGCGCCGGAUGCUGCUACCAGUAGUAGUAUUAUCGAACGCGAGGAACGCGAGGCAAGAAGCUGAGCUUGGUGCGCCGUGCGCGAUGGGAAGACCCUGGCUGCGAGGAUCGAUAGCGGUACGGUGUAAAGCAGGGAACAACGACUGGUUUUUAGAUAACUUAGUGAACAGUCAUAUGAGUUAAGAUAUGGAUUAGAGUGAGCGAGACAGUGUAACAUGCAGGCAGAGGCAAAUCAAAAACGAUAACGUCGCCAAGGUACAAUGCCCAUGCGAAAAAAAAAACAGUACGAAUGAACAGUGAUAGUAUGACAGUGCCUUCUAGUGCUUGCCGAAUCCAACAAAAUCAAGGAUUUUGGGUUACCGUUUAGUGAGUCAAUUAUAACGACUAGUCGCUCGCUAGGUGUCCCUCUAACUGUCCACCUAGCGAGCUGAAGAAUUCAUAUUUUAUUGAACCCCUGAGAUGCACUGACAUUGCAUUGUCCAUAAACAACCACGUCAGACAGAGCUAUCGUACGGGUCUGUUAAUUGUACUUCUAGUGUGAAGACUAUGCCACUAUGUAAAUACUCAUUAUAGAGCACACGUCUAGCUUGAGCACAUGUGUUAGGGUGGAUAGAGCGGAAGACAGAAAUCAUAAAACAAAAACGCUUAGCUCGAUGGUGUAUUCAAAACGGUACGAAUGUACGGACAACUACCUAGCCGCGUCCAAAUGCGCCAGUAUACUAUAAUGCGUGCCAAACAAAACAAACUGUGUGGAGAUAUAUUGACAGAGCUUCCAGUAGGUGAGGUUCAGUUUUUUUUUUGUAGUUUUGGAUGAAUCUGCAUGAAUGACUCUGAAUAUUAAUUCGGAAGAUUCAUCACCUCCUAAGGAUUUUACCAAACCCCAAAGAUUCAUAAAAUCUGAAAGAUCCAUAAAUCGGUACGAAAUCACAUAUUAUUUUUCAACAUAAAUUCUUAUUCAGAAGCGGAAAAUAUAACAAAAUAUGCAAAAUCAUGACAACUUAGUGAUUCAUCUAUAAGGAUUCACGAUACUUUAAGGAUCCAUGAAUUUUUGUGAGAAGUUCAUGAAAUCUUUAAAUUUAUUGAGGAUUUAUGAAUCUUUGAGGAAUCAUAAAUAUAUGAUAAAUCAUGAAUAUUUUGAAAGUCGACUCAUGAUUUGAAUGACUCUCUACCGGAGAUUCUUAGGAAUGAAUCAUUUUUAAAAAAGAUAUAGAGAUAGAUAUAGACGGGCAGCUCUCUGAUGAACAGUUUCCCGUUUCGUUUUAUUUUGCGUGUAUUUGAUUUUAAUUACAUUUUACGUAUAGAAUCUCGUUUAAUUAUUAUUUUGUCGCUCCUAUCGAUUUUAAUAUAUUAUUCAACUAUUAUUUACACCUGACUACGCAAGUAUUACGUUUAGGCGACGCACGCCGGUGCUCGCUCGGAAGGAAUCGGAAGAUAAACACGAACCCAGUGUAGAUGAAGCAGUCGAUGGUAGGAAUUAAAUGGCGGUCGGAAAUAAUGUCGAAAUCUAUUUUACAGCUGUAUUAGCAUUGUGCUUUCUUUCCUCCGCUUGUCGACAAAUGUAUGGCUUCAUCCGUGAAGAUGUACGAUAAUUUAUAUGUUAGGUAAAGCUACACAGACCGUUCUAGUGUAAUCAAAGCAGCCCUUAAGCGAUGGCGAAUUUCACGAGUGUAUCCUACGAAAUAAACGCCACAGCGCAUUAAUUCACUGCUUGAAAGACGAUCAGCAGUACUAAUUUUCCCCCU